AUGUCAGUUGUCAUUGUCGACGUCGUCGUUGUCACCGAACGGGUUAGCGAAGCACCGAAACGACAGGCUGGCGGCGGUUCUGGCUGCUAUCGACAGGAUAUUGCACGCUUGGCCAGCCAGCGGUAUGCGUCGGCGGUGGCGGCAGCGACAACGACUCGGCGACAUGGAAGCGUAGGGCUGCGAACGUUGCCGGCCAACCGAUCGGAUCGCGACGACACAGCUUCGUACGAACUGAAAGCCAAGCGACUGCCAGCGGGGAUUAUAGCGGAUACUGUAUUUUGGUUUGGUGAAGAAGCAUCAGAAAAGAAAGGAGGUGAAAGAGGAGAAUCGACAGUAAUGUCGAUGCAUCACCAGCAGUCAACGAUGUCCGAAGAGUCACUGAACGACGCGGAGCUGAAACACGAGAAUAACUGGAAGAAGAUCCAGCAGAACACGUUCACUCGUUGGUGCAACCAACACCUGAAGGACACCGGUCAGCACAUCAACGACUUGGAGACAGACCUGUCAGACGGCUUGAUGCUGAUUCGCCUCAUCGAGGUGCUCUCCAAUCAGCGCCUUCCACGUCACAAUCCUCGCCCGACGUUUCGGUCGCAAAAGCUCGAGAACGUCUCCGUGGCUCUGAAGUUCCUCAAGGACCACGAGCACAUACGCCUAGUCAAUAUAGGUAAGAAGCUUGAUGGUCGCUUGUACAGCACUUUUGACCAUUUCCUUAUUGGUCAUGCAAUGGCCUGUGCUUUCUACCUUUUUCAUACCGAAGCGGUGCGCGGUGCAGGCCGAUCGUCGUCGGUCCGUUUUCGAACGGCUCGAACGUGGCAGGUCGCAAUGUCUGUAUUAUGCACAAACGUGUGUGCUAAACACCAUCCUGCAGUCGGUACUGUCACGCGAAUGAAUCAGGAUGCCCGAAGGCAUGCGACGUUCGAUGCACCCCAGUCGAUCGCUGGCGUCGCAUUGGCGGGAACCGUCGCACUCCUCAAUGGACGACCGUUUGCCGGAGCUGCGUUGAAUCACGUGCCCUUUUCACAACUUCGGAGGUGGCUUCCAUGUGGGCGAGCGACCCGCCCACUAGCCAUACGCAAUCACCGUAAAAAUGCCGUUCGCAUUAGCGUACACGGCAACGAGCGAGACCGUUCAGCUUGGUAG